AUGCCACGUAAGCUACGUAAGAAUAUACGUAAGAGGAAGGGAGCAUUGAAACAUCCAAUAGUAAAACUGACACCACAACAACAGUUGCAACAACAAAUGAUGAAUGACCCCACUAUGUUGCAACAAAUGUCAAGCAACCCUAUGCUUUUAAACCGAGUUAUUGGUGCACAGAGUGGAGGUUUAAGAGCGGCACUUUUAGCGAAAAUGGCAGGCUAUGGUGGAGCUGCAGACGGAACAGCUUAUAACCCUCAAAGUCAAAUGAAUUUGAGUUCACUCAAAAAUCAAAUAACAGAUGUCAAAAAGUCAAACAUAGACAUACAGAAACAAAUAAGUGAAAACGAAAAGAAACUAGAAUAUGACAGACACACAAAGAAACUCAAUGAGUUA